UCCAUCCCCAUCCGAAAGCUCUCUCUUUCGUUUUCGUCUUUUUGGCGCUCAACAACAAUACCAUCAUCAUGACGUUGGAGAGUUACGCCGGCGAUGUUCACACCGUACCACAGUCGGAAAACUCUACGGAGGAAAGAGGCGGCGGUGAGCUUUUCGUGCCACCUCUUAACUUCGCUAUGGUCGAUAAUGGAAUUUUCCGUUCUGGUUUCCCUGAACCAGUCAGUUUCAGCUUUCUCCAAUCUCUACGACUCCGAUCCAUCAUAUAUUUGUGCCCUGAGGCAUAUCCAGAGGUGAAUAGAGAGUUUGCAAAAUCAAAUGGGAUCCAAGUUUUUCAAUUUGGAAUUGAAAGAUGCAAGGAACCCUUUGUUAAUAUCCCUGAUGAGGUUAUCAGAGAAGCAUUACAAGUACUUCUAGAUACUAAGAACCAUCCUGUCUUAAUACAUUGCAAAAGUGGCAAGCAUCGAACAGGGUGUUUAGUAGGUUGUGUAAGGAAGAUACAGAGAUGGUGUUUGUCCUCUAUCUUCGAUGAGUACCAGAGAUUCGCAGCUGCUAAAGCUAGGAUCUCAGACCAGAGAUUCAUGGAGCUCUUUGACAUCUCCAAUCUAAAGCAUUCACCACUCUCCUUCUCUUGUUCCAAGAGGCAUACUCAUAAUGAUUACUAACAACUUUACCUGUUUAAUGGUCUUAAACAACUUAAGUAGUUCUUUUUUAGCAAGUAAAUGAAAAAGUGUGAGACUUUGUAUCAUACAAAAAGAGAAAAUAAAACCUUUUAUUCAAAUUUAAA